AGCAAACCCUAGUCUUGUCUUUGAAAUAAUGCCGAAAUCCACGGUUCCGCCACUCUCCUGCUCGGCGUUGUUCGGUAUUUCAAAACCUUCAGGUCCGUCAAGUAUGUCAGUCAUAAACGACUUGAAGAAGUUGGUCUCUGCUUCGAGGUUGUUCGUUGAUGAAGAGAGCGCGAAGGUUAAUGCUGAGAGGUUGUACUCUGUUCCUGAUGGAGAGGAUGAAGGUGAAGGUGGAGUUGUUGAGAGGGAUGGAAGGAAAGGCGGGAGGGAGAAGGGGAAGUGGAAGAGGAUGAGGGGGAAGGGUAGGAAAGGGAGAGAGGUUGAGGCGAAGAUGGGGCAGGGUGGGACGCUUGACCCUCUUGCGGAUGGUGUACUUGUCGUCGGCGUGAAUAAAGGGACGAAGAAGCUAAGCGAAUUCCUUGAUUGUAUCAAGGAAUACAGGACGACGUGUUUACUAGGGUGCGAGACGGACACGUAUGACAGUGAAGGUGCACAAGUUCGCACAGCACCGUGGAAACACGUAACGAAGGAGAAAGUCGAAGCUGCGCUUGAGCAGUUUCGAGGAGAUAUUCAACAGACGCCACCUGUGUUUUCCGCACUGAAGAUGGACGGGAAACCGCUAUAUGAAUAUGCAAGAGAAGGGAUUCCACUUCCGCGACCUAUUGAGAGGAGACCUGUUACGGUGCAUUCACUGGAAAUUACACAUUGGAUACCCGGAUCCGAACAUUCAUACGAGUUCCCCACGAAGAAAUUUAGUGAGGAAGAACGGGCAAAGAUGGUCAAGGCAUUGAGAGGAGUGGAGCUCUCAGCUGAUGCAGAAAUCAAAGACGAGCCUGAGCAACAGACAGACUCAGUGGAAGGUUCUACAGGCGACGCAAAGGAUGACGGUGACAAGCCAACGGAAGAAAGACCGCCCGUGUUCGUACUUAGCAUGCGUGUUUCGGGAGGGACGUAUGUGCGGAGUAUCGUACAUGACGUCGGACAUGCACUUGGUUCUGCAGCGCAUGUUGUUACCCUUACGAGAUCUCGCCAAGGGAGGUUUGUUCUGAAGCCGUCAACAAAGACAUCGACACCUAUGCUGCCGGAAGUGCUCACCAACUCAGAGGUCAAUGAUACACCAGAAGUUUCAGAAGAGAAGUCGGAUGACGCAGAACUUGCAAAGCAGAUGGAGCGAGAGUGUAUACCGUGGGAUGUGUUCGCACGUGCAAUGGAGAGCCGAGCUACAGAGGAGCCAGACGAAGAUGGUUGGAGAGAAUGGGAAAGGGAGGUGAUGGAUAACUUGGAAAUUGUAGAAGGAAAAUAA